UGCAUUGUGGGAUGUGGAGCUCUAUACAUUAUUGCCGUUCUUAUAAACAGAAUUUACACGACUAAACGGACCGAAUGAAGAACAAUUAUACAAUUACAUGUAUUUAAAUUGUGUUUCUGCAGCAUUUGUCGCUUUCAUCCAUUUUGAAUUCAAUAAGCAUCAUCUUCUCAUGUGACCUGAUGUGAGCUGCCAUCAUUUUUUACACCUACAGCAGGCUACAUGACUGCAUGAAUCUCUCUGGACGUUUUCACUGUCCUGGAACUGCUUUACACCGCCGAACUUCUUUUAAAGGAACUUGUCGUUGGAUGUGCAAAAUGCUGAACGCUGCAGCAGCCGACAGGAACAAGGACCCGAUCCUUUCUGUGCUGAAAAGCAGGGUGGCAUCCAACAGACGUCUGUUCGCUUUGGAAAUAUCCUCUGGCACAGGACAACAUGUCGUUCACUUCGCCAAAGCAUUCCCGAACAUUACAUGGCAACCGUCUGAAGUUGAGACUCAGUCGUUAUCGAGUAUUGAGGCAUAUAGACAGUAUCACCGGCUGCAGAAUGUACAGCCACCCAUAUAUCUUGAUGUGUCUCAGAGCUGGCAGACCUGGGGAGGAUUUCCAGCAGAGUCAUGUGACCUGAUCAUAAACAUCAACAUGAUGCACAUCUCUCCUCUGGCCUGCACAACGGGUUUGUUUCAUGGUGUUGGACAGAUACUGAAACCACAAGGAUUACUUCUGACUUAUGGGCCUUAUGCCUUCAAUGGAUCGAUCGUUCCUCAGAGCAAUUUUGACUUUGACCAAAGUUUGAGAUACAGAAAUCCAGAGUGGGGUCUAAGAGAUGCAUCAUUUCUGACAACGUUAGGACAAGAAAAUGGACUGCGAUUGGAGGAAAUUGUUGAUAUGCCCGCCAACAACAAGUGCUUACUCUUUCGCAAGGACAGUGUGGUUUGAUAUCAUAUUAAUCUGUACAGUAACGCACAAUAUUUACAUUUGCGUGGACUCCUGCCAGUGUUUUAACGGUUUAAAGGCAACAAUACAGAGGCUUUGCUGAAGUUGGUAAGAUGUGUUCUUGCAUUAAUGUGGCUUAAAAAAUGUUUACAGCAUAGGAAAGUAAUAUUUUAGACGUUUAAAGGGAUGUGCACUUUUGUGAAAUUAAUGACAACACACUUUAUAUUAAAAUUACUACUUUGAUUGCAGGGAAAGUAAACUUAAAGUGCCUGUAGUUAAUCUGAGGAUAUAAUGUUGAUGAAGCUGGACUUUGAUUCUAAUAAUUGUUCAUUUCUUAGUACAUCCCAUUGGUGUAUUGUUUUAUAAUGUUAUUUACUCCUAUAGUUUUAAAUCUUAAAUACAAGGUUUCUGCUAAACAUGGCUUUUAACAUGGCCUAACAUCUUAGCAUAGCAUUACCAUCCUUAACCUGUUGUUGACCAAACACCAAUUUUCGUAACCAAGUGAAUUAUGUGUGAUUGUGUGUUUUGAUAAAUUUAAAUAAGAUAUAAACUUAAAGACUUUUGUUGCUUGUUCAAACUACUUAUUUUAAAUGAGUUGAAACUCAAUUGUUAAGUUUUUUAGACUUAAUUGUUUCAUGUUCAUUCCACUUAAAUUUGUAAAGAUUAUGAAGUUAACCUAAUUGUUUCGUAUUGGGGCAACAUGGAGUUGUGUGGAACCUAGCAUUUCUUACAGUGUAAACUGAAAUAUAUAUGUAUAUUUAAUGCAUUACAAUCUUUGGAUUUAAAGUGAAUUCUACAGAUGAUAAAACAAAUACAAUUAUGUUCACAAAUCAAUCAUUUUAAAUUGCAAAAUAACCAUUUUUUCAUAGCUAUGGUUUACUAGUUACUUUACUUGUUUUACUUUAUUGGGGGCACACACUAAUAAUGAAUUCCCACAACUUAAUAGAUUGUUCUCUAAUUUUGAUGCAAUAAAUCAUUGCCAACUUGAACUAAUUAAUUCUUUUUCUUUUUAAAUUAAAUCAUAAAAAAGGAAUUGUAUAUUGCAACAAGGGCAUUUUGUAAUUUUGCAGUGUGCAUAGUUAAAAAGAGGGAACAAAUUACUAAAACAUGCUGGCUUACCAGGAAGUGACUGUUUAAUUUGUGGUUACAAAUGUAUGUGUUUUUAAGGGGUAGUUCACCCAAAACUAAAAAUGUACUCACUUUUUACUCACAAUAAAGCCUUGCUCACUCUG